AUUUGUCAACGUGCAAACAUAUGGGGACUCCUUAUCUCUGGCCUUUUUCUCUCUCUCUUUUUCUCUCUCUGUCACUCUCUCUAAAUUGACCUUCGCUUUUGUUACGCUGCAAGGAAGUUCUUGCAACGUUGUACUACGAUCUUCAUAAGGAGGCAAAACUAGCUGAUUUUAAUUUGGAGUAAAGAUGGUGAGUCAUCCAUAUGUGCCGCAAGAUCUAGUCCUUGAAGAUUAUGUACCAGUUUCUCUAGCCCAGUCUACCAUUGUCGGUGUAUAUGGAAUCGCCUCGGUUCUCGUUGCUUCUUUCAUCUGGCUCAUUUCUGGUCGGUGCGCCAAAUUAUCCAAGAUGGAGAGAUUGAUUAUGUGUUGGUGGGCGUUCACAGGCCUGACCCACAUGGUUCUUGAAGGUUAUUUUGUUUUCUCUCCAGAGUUCUACAAGGACAAGACUGGCAAUUUCCUUGCCGAAGUUUGGAAAGAAUACAGCAAAGGUGACUCGAGAUAUGCUGGUAGAGAUGCAGGAAUUGUUACUAUUGAAGGCCUCACUGCAGUUAUCGAAGGUCCAGCUUGCCUUUUGGCAGUGUUUGCUAUAGCGAAAAGAAAAUAUUACAGCGAUUUACUUCAGAUCUCCAUCUCUUUGGGGCAGCUAUAUGGGACGGCAGCAUAUUUCGUUAUGUCCAUCUUGCAAGGAGAUAACUUCGCCAUGAGCCCAUUCUAUUAUUAUUCGUAUUACAUAUUCGCAAAUUCAUUUUGGGUCUGGAUACCAUCACUCAUUGUUAUCAGGUCCUGGAAGAUAAUAUCUGCAGCAGUAGCAUCUCAUCAAGCCCCAGCCCAGAAAAAGAACAAAACGAGGUGAUGGGGGAUUCACAUUUCGCAACAAGGCUUAAAUUGUUUCUUUUUUAUCUGAUCAUUUAAAACUUCGGCGUUUUUCCCCCUAAAAACAUUGGGGGUUUUCCCCUAAAAUAUUUGGUUUGAAAUUGUUAGACCUAAUGUUCACGAUCUCUAAUGCAACUUGUUCUUUUGCACCAAAGCUCUUGUUUCUUCUCCA